AUGCUUCACCAACCCUCCAAUGAUCGCCCACCUACUCAGUCGAAACCACCAACACCUCUCGUUCAGAAUAUCGCACCGACGAAUCAGAAAGCACAACCUAAUUCUUCAAACCAAUCCUCACAACGUUCCGUAUCGUCUUCGCUAACCCAAACGCCAUCAGCCUCUGCCACCGUCUCUAGCCUCGCUUCCACCACAAUGGUUGGAACAAAUCGGAAAGUUCCAGCAACAGUGUUACUACAAACAGCGAUAGUGAAGGUUUACAAUUCUAACGGUCAAAUGCAGUGGGCCAGAGCAUUGCUAGAUCCUGCUUCACAGUUGAUUCUCAUUACCGAGAACCUCGUUCAAAAGCUUAAGUUGCGCCGCCAUCCCGAUCGUCAGGAGAUCGGUGGUGUAGCUAAAAAUAUCGACAUCUCGCUUUGGAAUCUUCCUCCACAUAUUGUCCUAGCAGAUCCAAAUUUCGACAAACCUGGACCGAUAGACAUACUCAUAGGUAUGGAAAAAUACUACGACUUAUUACUUGAUGGAUGCUCCAGAAUAACUCCGGAAAAGGCGAUCCUUCAAAAUACGGUCCUCGGUUGGGUGGUAUCAGGGAAGGUUGGCAAUGACUCACAUCCAGCCCGAGCCCCUAUAGUGGCUCAUGUAUGCAGCAGCGAUGGGCUUGAUGCUCAGUUGUCCCGAUUCUGGGAAAUGGAAUCUUGCUGGUCUGAUAGCACGCAUUCCGUCGACGAAAAUUUGUGUGAAGAGCAUUUUGCAGCUACAACGUUUCGCAAUAACACUGGUCGAUUUGUGGUUACUCUUCCCAAACGACAUUCGGUACUAACUGAGUUGGGUAACUGUGAAGAGAUAGCAACUAGAAGGUUCAUUGCCUUGGAACGCCGACUUGAUACGCAGCCUGCGCUGAAAAAGGCGUACACAGCGUUCAUAGACGAAUACCUCAAGUUGAAUCACAUGAGAGAAAUUACAAACGUAGAAAAACCAAAAUCAUCUAAUCCUACCUAUUUCUUACCGCACCACGGUGUUGAAAAGACAGACAGUACUACCACCAAACUGAGGGUAGUUUUCGAUGCCUCUUGUCGGACAGAAACCGGAAUCUCGUUGAAUCAAGCUCUAAUGGUGGGUCCAGUCGUCCAAGACGAUCUGUUCUCCAUACUUCUCCGGUUUCGAGUACAUCGUUUCGCAAUCAUCGCAGACAUCGAAAAGAUGUAUCGCCAGAUACGACUUUUACGUGGAAUAGACGUGUUGAGCGGAAUAGACGACGAAGAACAAGGAAAAACACUCUGCAAGGAUUUAAUAAAUGUGUUGCAGUCAGCCGGCUUCAGCUUACGUAAAUGGGCAUCAAACUCCGCCACCAUACUUUCCGAAAUUCCAUCGGAAUUGUACGACGAACGUUCGAUAUUCAACCUAGAUUCGAAUCCUCUACCCAUCAAAACUUUGGGUUUACAGUGGGAACCAUCCUCUGACAGAUUUCGCUACACUGUUCCUAAAUGGUCGCAACCAAAAUCCAUCUCGCGUCGUAUCGUUAUUUCGGAUGCAGCACGACUCUAUGAUCCCCUCGGUUUAAUUGGUCCUGUUAUAGUUCUCGCAAAAAUAAUUAUCCAAACACUUUGGCGAUCCUCCAAGUACUGGGACGAUCCUUUGGACGAAGAUAAGCAGCGUUACUGGUUCGAAUUCCGCAACAAUUUGGAAGAUGAUUCUAGCAUUUCCGUACCCCGUUGGUUAAUCUGCAAUGACUCCCCAACGGUCAUCGAAAUUCACGGCUUCUGUGAUGCCUCCGAAAAGGCAUACGGAGCAUGUCUUUAUUUGAGAACCGAAUCAAUAAAUGGAAUUCGAUCAGUGUUGAUGACAGCCAAAUCUAAAGUAGCUCCUCUAGGAGAUUCAAAAAGGCAGAAACGAGUUUGCCUUCCAAGAUUGGAACUAUCGUCGGCUCUUCUAUUGAGUCACUUGUACACUAAAGUGAAAUGCAGCGUUCCACUGACUACCAAAUCAUUUUUCUGGACUGAUCUGGAUCUGGACUGA